GGCGCUCUGCCCAAUGCUCCUUUGUCCCUGCCACUUCUCAAUGCUGUCGUUCUUCUCGCUGUUCCUUCACAACCACCGCAUCAAGUACAUCCCAAACCAAGCUGCUACGUCAGUUUGUGUGUUUUGGGGGAAGCCAGAAAGGGAAAACGAAGGUCUGAAGAUAGUGCAAUUUUGAGAGCUAAAAAUAUAGAGGAUUUAUAGUGUACUUUGGCGAGCAAGUAGAAAGACUGAAAGAGUGCGACUCCAGACUAAACGUGAAAGAAGAAGACCCUGCUUUGAAGAAACUUCGUUUAACUUUUGGUUCCAACUAGUUCUUCCCGAACUCAGAGAGAGAGAGAGGCAGUUGAUCUGGUUAGUGCCUGACAUCAGAGCAAGAAAAAAUGGGUUGCUGUUCUUCUCGAGUGGAGAGAGUAGAGAUCGUGUCACGUUGUAAAGCAAGAAAGAAGUACAUGAAGCAACUAGUGAAGGCAAGGCAAGCAUUCUCCGUCGCCCACAGCUUGUACCUUCGUUCUCUUCGCGGUACAGGCUCAGCCCUGUUCCAGUUCGCCAAUGCCGAAACCAAACUCCACCACACCCGCCGCCCCCACCACCAUGCCCCACCACCACUCCUCCCCUCUCCAACGCCACCUCCGCCUCCACCGCCAAUGAGCCCCAGCUCCGACACGUGGACAUCUAUAACAGCCUCCCCAGCUCUUCCGCCUCCGCCUCCACCUCCGCUGGCGUCGUCCACGUGGGAUUUCUGGGAUCCAUUUGUGCCACCGUCGUCUUCUCGGUCAGUGAAUGAGGAGUGGGAGGAGGCCACGAUGACGGCGUCGGAGGCUGUGGUCACGGCCACCGCCGCAGCAAGCUCUACGCCGCCACCUUCUGUGGUCAGUGGGUUCUCCAAGGAUACCACCACCACGAGCGAGCGAGCUAUGGUUGUAGCAAGGAACAGUAAAGAUCUCGUCGAGAUUGUGAAGGAGCUUGAUGAGUACUUUCUUAUGGCCGCUGAUGCUGGUGGCCAGGCCUCAUCGCUCUUGGAAGUUUCAAGUGCUAGCUUUUCUGGUCAGAGCAGUAAAGAAGGAAAAUUUUACAAUCAUGGAUUUAAUUUUAGUCAGUCGUUGUGGACAUGGGGCUUGAGUCCAAAUUCAAACGGUUUUGGGAAGUUUGGAGGGGAAAUGCACGGAAGUGGUGUUAUGGGUGGGGGUAUUGCCGUUGGCAGCCACUGUUCAACUUUGGAGCGGCUAUAUGCUUGGGAGAAGAAAUUGUACCAGGAAGCCAAGAUAGCAGAGACCCUAAAGAUAGAGCAUGAGAAGAGGGUGGAGCAGCUGAGGAGUCUAGAGAUAAAGAGGGCUGACUAUAUGAAGACUGAGAAGAGCAAGAAAGAAAUUGACAAGUUGGAGUCGCAAAUGAUGGUUGCUUCCCGGGCCAUAGAGACCACCUCUGCUGAGAUAGUCAAAUUAAGGGAAACCGAGCUCUACCCACAACUCAUUGGGCUUGUCCAAGGAUUGAUGUGCAUGUGGAGAAGCAUGUAUGAGUGCCACCAAGUCCAAACUCACAUAGUUCAGCAGCUGAAAUACCUCAAUACCAUUCCAUCAACUGAACCAACGUCCGAGAUUCACCGGCAAUCAACUCUCCAGCUCGAGCUUGAGGUCCAGCAAUGGCACCAGUCAUUUUGUUACCUGGUUAAGGCCCAAAGGGAUUACAUCGAGUCCCUUGUGAGUUGGCUUCGGCUCAGUCUCUUCCAGAUCAGCAAAAAUCCACUAUCCAGAGCUGCCCAGGAAUCAAGAAUAUACUCACUUUGUGAAGAAUGGCACGUUGCAGUUGACCAUAUUCCUGACGGGGUGGCAUCAGAAGGAAUCAAGAGCUUCUUAACAGUAAUCCAUGCCAUUGUAGUUCAACAAGCAGACGAGCUUAAACAGAAGAAAAAGUCAGAAUCUGCAUUUAAAGACCUUGAGAAGAAGGUGACUCAGCUUAGAUCACUCGAGAGCAAGUAUGGUCCAUAUUCCAUGCCAGGAUCCUCUGGCACUACGGGCAGCAAGUACCCAGUUGCAGAGAAGCGUGCAAAGGUGGAGAUCUUGAGAGCAAAGGCAGUGGAAGAGAAAACUAAGCAUGAAAAAUCGGUCAGUGUAACAAGGGGAAUGACACUGAAUAAUCUUCAGAUGGGCUUUCCACAUGUGUUUCAGGCCAUAGUGGGAUUUUCUAGUGUGUGUACUCAAGCAUUUGAAUCAGUAUACAACAAAGCCAAAAGUGCUGAUGAUGAGCUCAAUGUGAAGAGGAUACUAGCUUGAAAAGAAGACAUGGAUUAGGCAAAAUGAUAGUGACGUUCUUGUGAAUAGAAGUGUCCUCUUGGGUAGACAAAUUGAACUCCAGCAAAAUUAAGGCCCAACAUUGCAGGAUUCUUCCCCUCUACAAAUUCUUUGGGCACAAAAGUAGUUCCAAGUACAAAGUAAUGGUAGAAUUCACGACCCUGAAGCCUCUGGAAUUUUUCUUGCCAGGAGGCAGGCCAACUGGUAGAGCUAGGCUGGUGGUUUGGUUGCUCUGAUAUACAUUAAGGUAGAAGAUGGGGGGGGGAGGGGUGAUGGUAUGCAACAUACCUAUGAGUUUUCAAUUACAUUUUAUACCUUCGUUUUGUCUUGCCAUGGGAAAGCGUUUGGAUGGCUUUACCUCGUGUUUAUUUUCGAUUUCUAAUGAAGGGUUUUGUUGAUGUAGUUUGCUGUCAAUUUUGACCCAAUGUACACUACAACUAUGUAACGGUCUCCAAGUCUUGUUCAUUGCCGUAGAUGAUUGGCUUCUGUAAGAGGGCAUGGACACAAAUGAUUUAUGGAUCGUUGCAAUAGUGCUUAGAAAUCUUGAUAUCUUUAGAUACCCA